AUGCCGUGCCCCGGCGACCGUCGUCGUCAGCGCCGCCCAGAAGAUGAUUACCCUCCCUACCCUCCCAUCGUGGCCAGCCGCCUAUAUACAUCUCAUAAGUGUGCCCUUCCCCAGACUGCUGAUGACACCGGCAUCCAUCCCGCAUCCCCUCACGCGAUCCGCAGACCGCCCCCUCUGCUGCCACCGCCUGUGUUCGCGGCUCUCUGCCCAGACGCCUACGAGGGGCCUCUCGAUCCAUCCAAACCCGCUCGCGUCCCGGCUAGGAGUCCAGUACCUCUUGGAUCUGCGCCCACGUCGGCCGCGGCACCAAUGGCGACCUCAAGCGGCUUCGCGGUUGGUGAGCUGGCUCAUCAAGACGUGUCCAGAGCCAUGCAAGAUGCUGCGAGGAAGUAUCACAGGCGCUCUCGGAUCUUGGAGGACAAGUACCGACGAAGGCCGAGUCCGGGCGAAUACGAGAGGAUGGCGCAGACACUCAACCAGACGAGAUUCAUCCCCCCCCUGGACUCUGGCAACACGAAAGCCAACCUAUACUAUAUAAGACGGAAAUUCGAGAGAUACUGUCUUGAGGUCAGGAAGCAGCUGUGGCAGACAGCCAUCCGCCCCGGGCUCUGCGACAAGGGGUUCAUCCAAGCUUUCCUCCACUGGAUAUGCUCUAGCUUCUUCAGGAGAAGGCGGAAAAAUAUCAAGUACAAAACCCUCAACCAAUACUGGCGCGACUUCAAGAUGCUGUACCGCAGGGCCAACGAGGGGCGGGAAAUAAACAAGAACGACUGCGAGGAGAUCGUCAAGUACUGCGCAGUGAAUCUGAAGACAGAGUUCGAGCUCGAUAACCAGCCGGGCUCGAAGCCGGUGGCAUCAAUCAGAGAGAUGAUGAAAGUGCUCGUCGAGAUAUGGUUCGGGGAGACAUCCUAUUUCCAAACUGAAGACGAUCGUCUGAAUUGCGCCACGAUUGUCCUGCUGCAAGGUUACACUGGCUGCCGACCGGCCGAGCUUACAGACGCCACUAAGAAGAGAGGUGGUGGGAACCCUUUGCAAGAGUUUGACUAUAGUGACGGCGAGCCCAUGCCAGAGGGUGAUCUUGCAGGCUACGAGACAGACGCCACUGAGAUUGGCGGAGAAGGAACAGAAGAAAUGUCCGGUGGAGGCGACCGACGGCAAGACUCUACCGCUGCAAGGGAUGCUGAGGCGGAGGAUGACCCCGUUCGGCUCAGCAAAGCGCUGUGCUAUGAGGACCUGACACUGUGGAUCGUGAAAGACCCCAAAGCCGGCGGCAGGGAUGUGCUGGCGAUGGAGGUCGCUCUCAAGUUUCAUAAGAAUGUGGAUAGGAAGCCCAAGCCAACGAUAUUUCUAGUCCGGGAGCAUAGGUUUCCUAUGCUGUGCCCAAUCAGCCACGUCCUGGCAAGGGCCAUACGGGACGAUGCUGUCCUAGUGGAAGGGUACGAUUCAGCCGAACCGUUCUUCAGUACGAGGCUAUCCUGCCAGGCUGUCAAGGUCCACUGGAAGCCGCACAUGCUCAAGAUCCCCGUGUUCCGAAGAACGGUGAGAAACAGUUCCAGGACCUGGGCUCUGUCCGACAUUGAAGCUGUGCGCUACUCGAUGUAUGCAUAUUGGCUUAACCGCGUCGGCAUCGCCCUCGGCUACGAAGACCCUUUGACCUCCUACUGCUUCCGACGAGGGCUGGUGGAUGCGCUCACCCAUGUGGCUCCUGAUGCCAUCAUCGAUCAGGUCAUGAGGCACGAUCCCAUGACCGGCUGCCGCCAGAAUGCGUAUCUGAACACGCGAGUGGGCUGGAACACUCAGAUGGCUUUCCUCGAAGAAGAGCCGUCAGACGAUGGGCUGACGGAAUUGUUUACGCACAUGAAUAUCAGGAGAGACCCUAGAAUUCCGAAGGGAAUACCACAAGAACAACUCGACACACUGGACCCUGGUCCGGAGAUUCGCGAAUUAGAGCAGUUGGUCAAGACAAAACACUGGGACAUCAGGUUCAACCACAAGUACAUCCAUUGCGCUCCGGCACCAGAACAAGCAGAUCUUAGAAGGCUACAGCGAGAGCUCAAGAGCGCCAAGAAGCGAUUCAGGGAUGAGAUGUCAAAAAUAUACCGAGACGCCUGUCGCCGAAGGCUCUACGAUGGGGAAUUGGAGAGGCAAUUGCAUGGAACCCGCGCUGAUGCCGACCACGUCACUAGGCCAAGUAAUCGGCACCAAUUGGAGGAGCGAAAUCAGUUGCAGCAGGUCUUCGCCGCUAACCGACAACUAACAGCAGAGGAGCUCAUCACCCAAAAAGCGACCGCGAUCAAUCUCAUGGCCGCUCUAGCAUGUCGCCGGGAAAUAGCUCGUCCCACACGAUCUUUGAGAGUCAACACAUGGGUUGAUUCUAAUCCCCAAGGGCAGGUCGAGGAUGGUUCUCCACCGACAGAGAAAAACGAAGCGAUCCCCCAAGUUUUGGAGAGGAACCAAUGCCCGAUCUGUAUCGGGGAUGAGGCUCUUUCCCAUGAGGCUCGGAUCCGCAAGUUCACGAGAGUCGCUCAUAUGAUGGACCAUGUUGAAAGAGUCCACCUGCGGCACGAAUCUCGUCGUCCUACGUGGAUCUGCUACCAUCCUGCCUGCAAACCCAAGGGCGACUUUCUCAAGAGCCUUGAUCAUUUCAAAAAUCAUGUACUGACGGAACACGGUGUAAAGCUCCGGAAGUAA